UAUGAAACCAGUCUAUAUAAUACCUGCUGCGUACAUUUUGUUUGAGAUUGGAGAAGGCGCCUGAAGAAAAUUUGUUAAAGUUAAUAAUGGGGGAUACACAAUAUGGUUAUGCUGGACCAUCAGCUGGAGGUCAAGCUGGAUACAGCAACACUACUGGUUACAGUGGUGCAGGUGGAGGGGCUGCUGAUGCCAGUGGUUACUCACAGGCUUCGUAUGGACAGUCGGGUUACUCCGGCCAGUCGUAUGGUGGCUAUGAUCAGACUUCCUAUUCACAGAGUGGAGGGCAAGGCCAAGUAGCACAAGGACAGUAUGGACAAACAGGCUAUGGACAAGGAUAUGAUCAAUCUGGCCAAGCCAGCCAACAAGCUUAUGGUCAAGGUCAGGGAUAUAGUCAGUCCACUGGAGAUGCAUCUGCAUAUGGUCAGCAGUCUGCUGGAUAUUCACAGCAGCAGUCAGGUUAUGGUCAAGGACAAAGCAACCAGAGUUACGGACAGAGUGGUAAUUACGGGCAGCAAGGUUAUAACGCACAGCCUCAGGGAGGUAGCAGCGGAUAUUCCAGCCAGACAUCUGGUGGAUACGGUAGUGGUGGCUCGCAGGGAGGUUACAGCGGCGGUGGCUCAGGCUCAGGCUCAGGCUCACAGGGAGGUUAUGGAGGAGGCUCACAUGGUGGUUAUGGAGGUGGAUCUCAGAGUAGCUAUGGAGGUGGGGGUGGAGCACCACAGGGAGGUGGUUCACAGGGUGGAUACGGCGGUGGUUCAGGAAGUGGUGGUGGUGGUAGUGGCGGGGGAAGCGGCGGUGGAAGCUAUGGAGGUAGUUCUUAUAGUCAAAGAAGCGGAAGUGGCAGUGGUGGUGGUGGUGGUAGUUAUGACGGAGGUAGCCGAGAUGGUGGUGGUGGUGGUGUCGGCGGCGGCAGCCGUGGAGGGGGAAGUCGUGGUGGUAGCGGUGGUGGCGGAUUCAGUGGCGGCGGCCGCGGAGGUUUCAACAAAGGUUAUGGAAGUGGUGGGAGCUCUAGUGGAGGAGGACGUGAAAUGGAAACCCAGCAGGACACUAUCUUCGUGUCGGGCAUGGGAGAUCAGGUGGAAGAAGAUGCUGUGGUCACGCACUUCGGCAGUAUCGGUGUCAUCAAGACAGACAAGAGGUCUGGCAAGCCCAAGGUGUGGAUCUACAAGGACAAGAUGACUGGCACACCCAAGGGGGAGGCUACAGUCACAUUUGAUGACCCAGAUACAGCAAAGGCUGCCAUUGACUGGUUCAAUGGAAAGGACUUCAAAGGCAACACAAUAAAAGUUGAACUUGCUCAGAGACCUGUGAGUCAGUUUGGAACCAGCCGAGGAGGAAGUGGUGGAGGUAGAGGUGGAGGAAGAGGUGGAUUUGGAGGUGGUGGCGGAGGAGGUCGUGGGGGUGGUAGAGGACGAGGGGGUGGUCAGGGAGGUGACAGACAGCAGGGAGACUGGGACUGCCCUAACCCUGACUGCAGUAACAAUAACUUUGGAUGGCGGAAUGAAUGUAAUCUUUGUAACACACCCAAGCCAGAUGGACUUGAUGAUGGUGGUCGUGGAGGUGGAGGUGGAGGUGGAGGCGGAGGCGGAGGCGGAGGCGGAGGCCGUGGUAGAGGCCGUGGAGGAUAUGACAGAGGUGGGCGUGGUGGGUAUGACCGUGGGGGUCGUGGUGGUUACGACAGAGGAGGCCGUGGCGGGUAUGGUCGGGGAGGAGACAGAGGACGCGACGGGGGUAGCAGACAAAUGGACCGUGGAGACCGAAGACCGAAGCCCUAUUAAGACCUGGAAUAAUCUCAUCACUCGCUGUUACGUGUCUUGUGUCUUUACCUGUAUUGUUUUUAUUGUAUUAUCUGUUUUACUAGAUAUCAUUUUGCAUACAAUUCAACUGACUUUUAUCCGAAAUCAUCCCCAUCGUGUUACUUCGAUUUCACUGCAGUUUGUAAGCCUCAUUAAAAAAAAGAAUGUACAUAUUGUCA